CUGCAAACCAUUUUUGGUGCUAUCGACUUCAUACCUGCACUUCAAACUUUCCUCAACCAUCACUUUCCCUGUUCUUCUGUUUCUGCCAGCAACUAUGAUUGGUUUGAUGUGUUCAAAUCAAUUUUACUUAUCCUACCUAAGAACAGUCAUGUCAGUGACCUCAAAUGGUUGAAUCAUCUUCAAGCUCAUCCACCUAUUCCCAAUCAUGAACAUUGCAAGCCUGCUGCACCUGCACAUUUUGAUGUUGCUUUUGUUGUCAAAGAUUGUGAUGCAUGGAAGAGUGGUACAGGACUUGAUGGCUUGCAGGUUGCACAGAUACAUGUGAUCUUCAAAUUACCAUCUCACUAUGGUAACUUCACUCACCCACUCACGUAUAUCAAAUGGUUCUGCCCCCUCCAUGACCCAGAACCCACAACAAAUCUUUAUCAGCUAGUACGUUCAACUCAUAACCAACAGUGUUUUGCAUCUGUUGUGAGCAUGCAAGAUGUUUUGCAAGCG